AUGCCGCGGCCCAUAAGGCUGCCGAAGCCGAAAGCCAUGAGCAAGAAGGCAGACCCCCUCGACGCCGCGGCCAAGCGCCUGCAGGAUGGCGCCGACGCGACAUCACUCCUAAAACAGCUCGACGCCGACCCCUACGCCUGCUUAGGGCUCUCCCCUACAAAGGCGGACGACGCCGCCGUCAAGAAGGCUUACAAAAAGAGGGCCCUCCGGUUCCAUCCCGACAAAAACAAAUGGGAUUCCACGGAGCUCUUCCAGGCGCUCGGCUGGGCCUUCGAGCGCCUCGAAACAUCAGAAAGGAGGCGGGCCUUCGCGGCCGAGCGGGCCCCGUCCGCGUCGAACGCAGCGCCGACGGAGGACGACGAGCGCACGGCGCGAGAGCGAAGGGCCAAAGCAGCCAAGCGCGCCUGGCAGAAGGCCGUCGGCGAGACGCUCGCGAUGAAUACCAAGAGCGACCGCCGGAGCGCCGAGACUUUAGAAAUAAAGGGCAAGGCGCGGCAAAAACGUCUCCAGUCCGUCGACGAAGAGCGACGACGGACGCUUGAUAGGGCCUCCCAACGGCGCACGUCGGACUUCGCCGCGCACCGGCGCGUCCUUCGAGAACGGCGCGCGCGGCGCGGGGAGGUCGUUGUCGAAGAGCGGACGUCGUUCUUCGAGAAGCCUGUAAAAAGAGAGGAACGCGACCCGACGCGCAUCGCCUGCACGUUUGAAGAGGGGCCCAUGGGCCUCGAGCUCGCGGCGAAGACGGCUUCCGACGGCGACGAGGCCUGCGUCGUGGCGUCCGUGGCCGGUGCUGCCGCGGACCUGGGUGUCCGCAAGGGCGACACGCUUGUAAGCGUGAACGGCGACGACCUGCGCGGCCACGGCUUCGACCGCUGCGUGGCCUUUGUGAAGAAGGCGCGGGAGCGGACGGGGCCGUGCGUGCUCGCUUUUUACCGGCCGCGGCGGCGCGCGUCGUCGUCGGGCGUAAGUCUGUAG